GUAUAUCUCGAUGACAUCCUGAUAUUUUCUAAUUCAUUUGAAGAACAUAUGAAACAUUUGCAAGAGGUCUUCGGUGUGUUAAGUGAACACCAAUUCAUGCUAAAUCUCGACAAAUGUUCACUAGCUAUGGGUGGAGCGCUAAAAGAAAGAGCGGCUCCGACUCUGCCCCAGCUGCAUGGUUUUCACGAAGCGCUCCGCUCCGACUUCCUAACUCUCAUAAAGCGCUAGAUUCUCUUCUAGAUUGGUCAUAUUGGAUAAGGUUCAGUCUAGAUAAAGGGGAGAGGCCAUUAAGGAUUUUAAAAAAAUGUAUAAGGCGAAAGUUUUUUUCGUCUUACUUGGAGUAGAGGCAGAUUCAACCUUCUAACUAAAUUCUGACCUGAGUAGAAAAGCUUCGAGUAAUCAUAUGGGCUGCUAGAUGUUGGACGGACUCAAGACAAGAUAUAGAGUCAAUAGACUUAAAUCGCAACUCUUAUUAAUAAUAGUAUAUGGCGGAUGCAUAAUGUGUGACUAGUACAAGGAAGGACGCAUUUAAUCGCCUGCAAAAAUAUGAUCAAAUGGGACGUAUUUCGCUAGAAGCCCAUUUGAUGCCCUUAAAAAUGUAACCGAGUAAAAUACGCCUCAUACGAGGACAAAUUGAAAAGUCUAUCCUAGAAUUUUUCAAGUUUUCGUGAGAUGAAUUUUAUGCCAUACGCGGAGGAUCUUUCAACAGUAUUUGAUGAUCGGAGUUCAGCAAAAUGUUUCGAAUGUAAACGAAGUCCUGAUUACUCUUUUCAGUUUUUGUUUGCAAAUAUGUAUACAUGAUUAUGUGAAGAUCCGGGUUCUAUUUCUUCUAAUGGUCAUAUAGUCAAGGUGAAUGGUAGUCAAAGCGGUACGCCCGUAAAAGCUCUAUUUAAAGAUAAUGAUGGCGAAGCUGUGGAUGAACAACAUUAUUGGGAAUUUAAAUUUGAUAAAGUGGAUAGUGCAUUCAUUGGUGUAACAACAGAAAGCAAAUUUGUACCAGGUUAUGGCCUUACAGGAUUAACGUAUGGUGGACCUGGAAACUUAUCCGAUGGUAGUAGUGGAUUAGCAUUCGGGUUUGACCCGAAAAUAAAGGAUGGUGAUAAAGUUGGAUUAUUAUUAGAUUUGAAUAAUAACGACCUAAAACUGCACAUGUUUCACAAUGAUCAGCCGGUAGGAACGGCAUUUUAUUUACAAGGAUCAUAUCCAACGCCACUCUAUCCUAUCGUUCAUUUUGAUGGAGAUGGAGAAAUGACAAUCGGAAUUUAA